AUGCCCAUCAAAUCUCUUGAGCCUUAUCUUUUUGAUCUCAAGACAGUCACCAACUAUCCGUUGGAUGUUCUGAAGAAUGCCACCAUCGGAAUUGAGGCAGAACAUUAUCUCUCGAGACUAUUGACUCCAAGAAAAGAGCCCAACCUCGAAGCAAUUGGCGGGUUUCCGAUGACUUUGAAGGCUCUGAUGGAGGCAGACUUUAAGGUUUUUGAGGAAUUGAAUAUCACGCCGGUGUUUGUCUUUCCCGGCUUGAAAACUGUCGACCAGUUUGAUUACUACAAAGAACCGGAAUUAUUACAGUACGAGAAGAACUUCAAGAGAAUAUGGGAAGAAAAGUCCACAAGAGAUCAUUUCAAUGAAAGUUUCAGAGAUUCUUCAACUCCGCUGGCACUCAGACCUAUCAUGGCCGAUUUCAUGAGUCUGCUGGAAUCCAAAGGAGUGAGUUUUAUAGUGGCACCAUAUUUUGCUUGGGUGGAACUUCACUACUUACUCACACAAGACCUCAUUCAUUGCAUCUUUGGGUCCACAGACGGCCUACUGAUAGAAGGCGUCGACAAGUUCAUUUUCAGUAUGGAGCUUGAAAGCAGUCAAUUUAAAUACGUCAAGAGAUCUAGCACUCUCAGAAAACUCAAUCUCACCUCAAAGCAGUUCAGAGACAUCUCCAUGUGCGUUGGAAACGGAUUCCAACCUUAUAGUCUCAACAUAUUCCCCCACAUUCCGUCGGCUCCGACUUUCCCGUCGCUUCACGAGUACGUUUUGAACGGUGGCUCUGUGUACAAUUCUUUACUCGGGCUUCCAAACGGAGAUCGUUUCAUGGAGAUUUUCCAGAAAGGAUGUGCCUCGUUGGACUUCACGCCUGUAUUGAAGGUGAACGGCCGUGUCGAGCUUCUACAGACGGAUUCCGAUGCUUCUUUUCUUUCCUCUGUGUCCGCAAGUCCGGCUGCCACCUCCUCAACAGCAUCUCCCGAUCCACCAAGCGAUCCAUCCAAAAGAAUCCCGAAUGAUCUACACGAGGUUAUUGGCCAGAGACUUCCGGAUGAGCUCUUUUUCUAUCAGUCGGUCGGCUUAACUGCAUUAGAGCUGUCCGAGACCUUGAUCCACGGAACCCAAGUUGAAAGACUCCCAUUGGAUAUGGCUGUCACCCCACUGUACCAAAGACUGAUCACAGAGGACGAAUCUUUGGAGAUGAGGGGAAAGACGUUGAAUCUGUUUGCCAACUCCUUGAACAGAUACUACCAAUUUAAAAAAUUGAGGUUGGCUACAUUCUUCAACGGAUCGCAAGAAUACGAGAUUGUCCAGAGAAUGACGCCUCCUCUUUUCCUCAAGCUGAAACCUCUUCUCAUUAGACAUACUACAGCAAGAUCGUUUCAGUUGACAUCUUUUCUUUCUGGAAUGAGCGCAGAAUUCUUGGAAGAUAACGUGGUUGCAAAAGCAGACGAGGAAGGAGCUCGUAUUUCUACCAGUUAUGAAGUCAUCUCAACAGGUCUUCUGAGAACACUUUACGUGUAUGGGUUCUUGACCGAGAACGAUUACAAGCUCACUGAAUGGGGCCAGGUGCUUCCUCAGGUCUCGAGAUCAGUGAAUGUUGAAACACUGCUUUUGCUCCUCAUCUUCUUCAAGAGGUUUCAAAGCCUGAAGGCCGACGACAUUUUGCAGCCAACAGACUUCAAGACCACGAACGCCCAGUUCAAAAACGCUGCCAUUUUCAUUUCCAAAAUCCUGUCUCUCAAGCCGUUGACAAAGCUGAACCCUGUCAGCUAUUUAUACAAAGUGCACAAGCCCCUUCUCCAGUUCAGAUCGGUGCUGUCUAAGCUCAGCUCUUACGCUUCUGACCUGAUCACAACCAAUAUCAUUGCGCUAGAACUUCUGAACCAUGACGAUCUGGACAAGUUCCAGAGAGACAACAAGGCAUGGAGAAAAUUGGCUACCGAGAUUCCUUUUAAGAAGUCUCUCCCAAACGUUCUUCUAGGAAUUAUCGCCCAAGAAUACCUUGAAACAUACCUUUUAGAUCUGGAUUCCACCAAAGCCGCUGCACAUGUUAAUGAGUCGCCAAUAAAGAACGUCCACGAUAAUCCAGUCCAAGAGUUCUUGAAAAGCCUAAAGUUUGUGAAACAAGUGAUUGCACUUGUUCGCACUCUACUAGAGAAAAAACUACUAACUGUCGACGAAGCUUUCAAGACCAUGAUCGACUCCAGUGAGGAACUGAUAUUGAAACUUGAAUCGGAAACACAACCUGAAAUUGUCUGA